ACCACUAUUGACUUUUUGUACCAAAGGAGAUACUCAAAGACAGAUAUCCAAGUCCCCAGCCCUUUAUUGCCCUUGGGAUACCACGAGGCACAGAUAUAGGCAGCUGCUGUGUGGCUCUGGAGUUCCUAAUUCCCAGAUUGUAGCAAUGAAGAUGUGAUCCUGUUGCUCUCUGGACCAUAACCUUUUUGGUUACAAAAGGUAAAUUUCUGUUUACUGCAGCUGAGUCCCAGGACUAAUGCAUCACUGCAUUAACCCCAGGACACAUGCACCGAGUCACUGCAGCCAUGCUUGGUCCUGAAUCUGUCCUGGAGGGUGGGUCAAAAGGCAAGUGUGGCAGGUAGGAUGGUAGGCAGGGAGGGGUGGCAGGGCCUAGCUGACUGAGGACAGACCCAGCAACAAUGACAGGAGAUUUGAACACCGCACAAGUGGCAGUGCCUGUGGGAGGCGCAAAGUGGAAGGCCCAGCCCCUGCUUAGAGGAGCAUGAGGCUGACGGUGCAGUGCAGUAGAGGACACUGGAUGGCCAUUUGAACAGCUGCGCUCCAGAUGAGCCACCUAAGCUUUGCAGUCUCUGUGAUCCUGUUGGCAUCACAUAUUCUUCGCUUCUGGAACCAGCAGGCACCAAGAACCUGCUGCCAGUCUGAAGGAGUUGGGGGAAUGUACAAGUCAAAGAUCCCUCAGGCACAGAACCAGGUCAGUGUCAAGGUCACUCCCAAGGACACAGAGAUGAAAACAGCGGAAGAGCCCAGCCCGAGUCUUGGGCAGACCCUGGAGUGGCUGAGAAAGGAGCUGUCUGAGAUGCAGAUUCAAGACCAGAGGCUCCUGCUCACACUGAGGCAUCUUCACAGUGUCCUGGAGGAGCUGCGUGCUGACAGCGCCCACUGGGAGGACACCAGGUCCAGCGGAGGGACAUCCCCCAUCAGAGCUCGAGCAGGCUCUGAAGGCAGGGGCUGCCAGCCUGUUUGCUCAAGGGGUCUCGCCCAGCUCCUCCGAGGGGAAGAGAGCAGACGAAGCUCUCUCCCUUAACUGGACAGAGAAGACACUGCGCUUUAACAGUCUCACCAUUAGUCUAACCUUUCACUGUGAUGUUUUAGGGGCAGAGUGUUGGAAUGGGAAUCAGAAAGCCAGGGAUCUGGGUUCACUUCUGCCCUCAUCUGCUGUGCAUCCCUGGAUCUGUCACUCAACUUCUCUGUGUCUCUGGUUCCUUUUCUGUCACUUGGGAUUUCUUGGUGAGGCACACAUAAGGUAUUGGAUGUGAACACACUUUUCAACUGAAAACACAAAUGUGCUCUAGUGCUCUGGCAAGCACCAUGGCAGUAACCCUAUCCUUGGAAAUUUCUCACAAGGCAAUUGUUAAAACAAAGAACUAGAUGUGCAGUAAUGUUUACCAAGUGUUGCCAUGGUGAAAAUUCCAAACCCUGUGUAGUGACUUAGUGGCUGUUUUCUGUCUUCCCAGGAAGCCUUCCCAUUCCCCUUCAUCUGAUAACAUAUCAAGCCCUGUAAACACCCUGGCCAUAAGCACGGGUAUAUUACCAGGCCUGGCCAAUGAUAUAAUUCAUGGUUGCCCUAAAAAGAUGAUUGGCCCAAUGGAUGGGCAUGUGAACCAACAGAGCCAAUUACCGACCUUCCCUGAGAUUGCUACCUGGAUGCUCUUUCUAUUACACUUAGAAGACUGAGGCUGCUGGUGGCCAUGUUCCUACCAGGUAAAGAAGAACUGUCUGCAGUAGGAAGGAAAGAGGCUAAUCUCCAAAGAGAAGUAGAGAGAGAGCCACACAGCAGUUGGACAGAGAGGAAGAGCGCUGGCUCUUUUUGGUCCCUGGUUUUAGGUCCUAGUUUUGUGAGUUACUCCUGCAUUCUUUCCAGCGACCAAAGCCAGUCAAUUUCACCCCCCACCACAGCCACACACAUCAAUUUGUUUUUGUUUAAGCUGAUUUGAGCAGUUUCCCUUACUGGCAGCUAGAAUGGUCCUGAGGAAUACGAUCCAGAUGUUCAAAGAAUCACAGAGGAGAAAUCAAUAGGGAAAUGGCAUUCCAUUCAAUGAGGGUUUGUGACAACAAUGUCCGUAACAGCAGGCAACCAGGCUUGUGACACAGCAGAGACACUCAGUUGUGUGGGGUGCUGCAGUCAUAACUGAAAAAUUACAUCUGCCUAUAAGAAAGACUAAAACAGAAAAUGUGAAAAUAAAAAAGUCAUGGUGUUAA